AUGGCUGGCAAGUUCGUCUACACAGAUUUCUACACAAAUGAUGAGGUCAGGAUUGUGAUGGUGGGGAAGACUGGAAUUGGGAAGAGUGCUACUGGAAACACUAUUCUGGGCCGUGAGUGCUUUGAAUCCAAGUUCAGUGCCAAAUCUAUGACUGUAGAAACUUCCAAAGGAAAAGCUUCAGUGGAUGGACAUCGCGUUUCUGUCAUUGACACCCCGGGGCUGUUUGAUACCAGGGUUGAUAAAGAGGAAACUCAGAAAAAUAUAUGCGAGUGCAUCUCCUAUGCUUCUCCAGGACCCCAUAUCUUCUUGGUGGUCGUCAGAUUGGGCAGAUUCACUGAAGAGGAAAAACAGACGGUGCAAAAGAUUCAAAAAAUCUUUGGCACUGAUGCAGACAAAUACAGCAUGGUUCUCUUUACCCAUGGAGACCAACUUGAAGGAACCACUAUUGAAGAGUUCUUAGAAGAAAGUCCAGAACUGCAGGAACUGGUGGCCAGAUGUAACGGCCAGUACCACGUCUUCAAUAAUAAACUGAAGGAGCGCUCUCAGGUCACUGAGCUGAUCCAGAAGAUCAGAGAGAUAGUCCAGAAGAAUGGAGGAAGCCACUACACCAACGAGAUGUUCCAAGAGGCUGAGAGGGCGAUUGAAGAGGAGAAACAACGCAUCCUGAGAGAGAAAGAAGAAGAAAUACAGAAAGAAAAGGAGAAGGUUGAGAGAGAAAUACAGGAAAGAUAUGAGAAAGAGAUGCAGAAAUACAACGAACAACUCCAGGCUGAGAGAGAGAGAGAGAGGAAGGAGAGAGAGGAGGAGAGGAAGAGGGAGAGGAAGAGGUUGAAUGAAGAGAGAAAGAGAGAGAUGGAGGAGAGAGAGGCAGAGAGGAAGAGAGAUAGAGAGAAGAGAGAAUGGGAGAUGAAGAAGUUAAAGGAGAAGUGUGAGAGAGAAGUGGAGGAAGAAAGACACAAGAUUCAGUCCAGAUAUGAAAAUGAAGCCAGAGAUGAAGCUGAGGAGUUUAAUCCAUUAUUUUUUCUGACACUGGAUCCUCAUCAGGCGAUUUCAGUGGUCCCUCUAGACCACGGAGAAGGAGAGGGAGAAGAGGAGAAAAGCUCCAUGGAGGGGGACUUGUUUUCCACGGCCUUGUUUGGAUACGCUGGGCCCGGCUCUUUGAGACCUUGCCACCUUAGGAGGGUUUAUCCAGACUCUUCUGCGGGCUGGCUUUUUCUUCCCUCGAGACAGCUCUUCUUAGGGUCUCAAGUGAUAUCUUGA